AAAACUAAUGGUCACAUCAGUGGCCUGACCUCGGCAGUAUAAAAUAAAGCCGCGUGAAAUUAUUCAUAAUAUCAUCUCAGCAGACACUUGAAAGAUCAUCUGACAUCACACACAAAAUGAAAACUGCUGCAGCUUUUGUUGCUCUUGGCUGUUUCCUUAUGGUGGAGGUGAAAGGCAAAAUACCGGAUCUGAAAAACAGAUGUUUGUGUGCUGAUAAAGGAGCAAACAAUGUCAAUCUAAAGACAAUCGAGAAGAUUCAAAUCAUCCAUCCAAGUCCUUCUUGUAAAAGACUGGAGAUUGUUGUCACCUUGAUGAAAGGAGCAGGAAAGAAAUGCUUGAAUCCAGAGUCAAAUUUGGGCAAGAAUAUACUGAAAGCCUUACGAAAAAAGAAACUGACAGCAGUUCGCCGAAUGAAUCCAGCAUAGAGCUCAAUGUCCUGAUCUUCUCAAGAGCAAUCUGUGAUGAUUGAUUAAUCUACAAACCAUAAGAUCUAAUAAUCAUCUGCAAUCAUCUGAAUCAUCACAAUCAUCUGAAUCAUCGCAGACUUCAUUUAUACUUUGAUUUAACUGACCUCUAAAUGCUUCCAUCUAUCCAACACUUUAACAUGAUAUGGGUUGUUUUAGCUCAAAUGUGUGUAAAAUAUGGCUCAUGACAGCAAGGAAAAAGUCAUAAAAAAUCAACCCAGAUAUUAGUCCAUGUGUUACUAAAAAAAUGAGUUAAAACAACCUACCAUUCCUUUUUAAUACAAAUGAAGAGUUCAGUGUGUGUAAGUGUUUGUAU